AUGGCCCCACGCGUGCCCUCACGCGGAGGAUGCGGGGCGGCCGCAGCCGCCGGAUGCAGAUCGCGCAGCGGUGGACGUGGGGUGCCCACGCCCGCUGGAGGAGUCGCUGGAGGCGAUGGAGGAGCAGGAGGCCCGAUACGGCAAAGCCGGAUGGACGAGGGGUGCGCAGCCGCGGAGGACAUCGCCGUCUACCAGGACCAUGACGACUGCCUCCACAACGACGGUCAGCCAUUGCUCGGCGGCGCGACCAUCUCCUUCGAGUACGCCAACGCGUUCCCGUCCGAGCUCUCCGUCCGUGUCGCCACCUGCAUUGACCCCACCAUGCCAACUACAUUUAGGCCUGCUUCCAUCUCCGUUCAAGCGCAAGUGGUGUUUGAUGCCGAGAAGCUCAAUCCUUGGUUGACAAGAGCAUACAGAGCUGUUUCUCGCCUCCAUCCUGUCGUAGCUGGGAUGCAGUGCCGCAUAGGCAACCAUGGCCGCCACCGGAGCAGUUUGGGACGCAGUGCAAUGGAGUUCAACUUAGGCCAACACCCUGGCCAUCUUUCAUUGGUAAUACAGUUCAACUACAGGUUGCUAACACGAGAGCGACCACCACGCGUUGAGGUUGGUGAGCAUGAAGGUGGCCUUCCACGCUACCGGCACGCGCGGCUUGAGCGCGGUGCCGGCAGCGUACAUGGCCAGGUGCGGCGUGAUGGUGCCGAAGAAGGCGAUGGCCACAACCUUCUUGCCGGACUUGACGAUCAUGCCCAGGUCCGUCUUCACGCCGAUGACGAAGAUUUUCAGCAUGAAGGCGUACCCGCCGAUGGUGGUUAUCUGCACCCACCCCUCCAGCAUGGAGAAGAGCUCACCGCCGUGCGGGAGCAUCCGGCCGAGAAGCGAUGGUCCCAGCAGCGCGCUGGCCAGUGUACACGCACGCAGACGACGCAGCACAGCACCUCUAUGGAGUUAGCACGCCGGCUGGCCGUGACGACGACAGUGUUUGGGCGUCACGCCGGCGGGAAAGCAGAAUAG